AGUGAUUUAUUGUGCAGACAAGUGUCACAAGUGCCAUGUUUUUCUUUUAUAAAUAGUAAUUUAUAACAUGGCAGCAUUACAUAACUUGGUACAUCAGCCAUAACCACACAAAGACACUAGCUGACAGACACCAGCAGCAGCAUUAAACCGGCUAUAAUCAUGUGCAUUUUUUCAGCAGCAGAUUCAUUUUACUUUUUGCACGGGAUUGAUGAAAUAAGAAGGAGCAGCAACAGUGAGCUGUUAGAUGAAGAGCGACAGGCUGCACACCUCCAACUCCUCAGCAAGUUUUGUUUCAUCCGCAGUGACAGAGAGGCAUUACGACGCACGCUAUAGAAACCCGCGUCGCUGCGGGGGUGCAUUGCUACGGGCAACCGCGGCUCGGCUUGAUCUCUUCCAGUUGCAUCCAAGCAGGAAGAAGACAUUUCUUAUAGAAACGGUUUUGUAAGCUUCAUCCUGUGAGGAAUUUUCUGACUGUUUGACGGAGAUGACUGACAUACUGCGGCUGGUGUCAGAAGCGGACAGACGGACUUUAACUACUCUCUCCCUGCUCUCUGAAAACGAUAUUAAAAGUAUCUGGGCUGAUGUAUCCGCCUACAUUGAACGUCAGAUGACCUUACAGAAGGGGGUCCACCUAGCAGGACUGGGGACCUUCACCUUCUCUCAGCAGAAGUUGGACAUAGGAAGCAAGUUCACAAUGAUCCAAAGACCCAUUUUCCUCCUGGCUGGGAAACUAGUCCAGUCUCUGGGUUUAAAGCAGGUCAGACCACUGGCUGCAGCAACACACCUACCAGUGGUGCAACUCAACUUUGCAGCUGUAUCACAAGAGGCUCCUUUCAGUCGAGACGUAGUGGAGGGCUGCAUUAGAGAAACUCUUCUGCUCCUCUUCAGAGCUUUGGCCUCUGAACAAAAUGUUUUCCUCACCUUACAAGGAAUUGGAGUUUUGUCCUUUAUAAACAACAAGGUGCGGAUGAAGUUCAAAAGAGAUUUUAUUAAUGCUAUGGAUGGAACUGGCAGGCUGUUGUUAGCCUUUAACAACAGACCUGGGAGCAGUGUCUCUUUAAUGUCUGGUGGACUGUCCAGGCUUCAGAGGCCACAGACUGCCAACCCCAUAACCCUGCCAACUGUCUGCUCUCCUCAGCCAGACAACAAAGCUGGUGACAAAGAACUAUGGUGCUUGUCACCAGCUCCAGACCAGAGGAAUGCAGGAGGAGUUCCCCAACAGAGAGAAUCUAAAUCUCAUCAGACACUGCAGCCUGCCAAGAUGAAAGCUGUCAGCUUGUCUGACGAACUGAAUCCAGAACCCCCUAUGGAGGCCGCAGACAAGCCUACAACCUCCAUCUCACCACCAGAGGCCGCUCCCAAGCUGGAGGACCCUCGUGUGAAUGCUAGCUGCUCUGGCCACACCCGUGCUGGACAGGAGCUGUGCUACCUGUGUAUGCAGCGGGCACAAAGAAAUGUUCCAGUCUACAUGAGGGAACAGCAGCAGGCAGAGGAGAAAGCUCAGGAGAAAUUCUUACUGCUUAAAGAACAACAGAGAGACAAGCAGUACAUGGACGAAGAACAGGCAAAGCUGAAUGAGCAACGUGAGCAUGCAAAGCAGGUUGCUACAUUUAACCUGCAACUGUCAGAGAAGAAAGAGAAGACGUACUGUCCUCUCUUCCCUACUUCAUUCAUCUUCCCGGCUCGGCCCCUCACUCCUGUCAGGAAGAUUCAGCAGCAUCGUUACAUGAACGAGCUUCAGAGCCAGAUAGAGAGCCAGCGGCAGCACGAGGCUCGAGACCAGCAGAACCGUCUUCUCAUGGAGCGCCUAGACCAGGUCCAGCUGGUCCAGGAGAUAGCUUUGCAGAAGGCUCAGCAGCUCCAGCAGAAACACGAGAGAACUAAGCAUUACAAGAGAGCUCUGGACACUCAGGUGGGGGACAAGAAGUGCACAGACCCUCCAGAGUGCCAGUCUGACAACUCAAGGUUCAACCGCUGUGCAACAGCAGCCAGCCAAGCUGAGAGCCGAGAGAGGGCACAAAAGCUCUUCCAGGUAAAUUUCAGUGCUGCUACUCAGAGGAAGAAGGAACAACUGCACAACCGCCAAGAACAGCUGGAGAAAGAGAGAGAAAUGCUCAAACACAACAAAACUGAGUUAAUAUUGAGCCGCAUUAAUCACUUUGAGAAGAAGCGGGACAUCAAUAAGUCACUAGAGGACGAGUGGAGUCACAGUGCAAAGCUCAAACAGCAACGAGAGGAAGAGGAGAGGCGCUUCCUGAGGUCUGCUGGUCAGCUCCUGGUAGAUAAGCUUGCACAGUACAGGCGCUGCUGCCAGUGUAAGAGGAGGACCACCAACUGUGGAGAGACCAACAUCUGGAAAGACUCUCAGUAUCUCUCUGGCUCCCAGUUCAUGAUCUGAUGAACAGUGUCGCCUACAGCAGCACUGGAACAUCAAUACCUCACAGCCUAUACAAGAUGGCAACCCUUGUAUCUCAUCAUGUGACGGUCACUAUAUUAAAAUAAUAAGUUAAACAUAUGUGAAGCAUAUUUAGAUGUUAUGGUGUGCAGUAUGCACUAUCCUCUGUUUUAAUGUGAGCUUGAUUCUUGCUCCUUUCCUAAAUUAGUCUUUGGAGUUCAUGUUUGUUAUACUUUUAUUUUCCCUAGAAUAAUGGUUGUUUUUUGUAUUUCUAUGCCCCACGAUUGCAUGUAACAAUACUCACCCCUAACAUCAUGUUCUUUUUCUCUACAUAUACAUGAGGCUGCAUGUCAGCCCAAUCAGCCGACAGGUAGCUUGUCAAAAGGUUUGUGUAUCGAUGCUUCAACUACUUUUAAACUCUAUUGUUCAGUGGCACUGGCUGAUCGUCAUACAUACCUGUCUCCAUAGAGAUCCCUGCAAAGACUUCCUCAAAACUUUCCCUGUCUGACUCAGGUUCAUCUGUUUAUUAAAAAUGCACGAAACAGACAUUUGGACUGUCUGACAUGAGCAUCAAAUAUUGUUGUAUUCAUUAAAUUCAUGAUGAAUAGUCCAACCAUGACAUAGGCAAAUACAUACAUGGUGUAUUAUGCAACAUACUUGCCAUUCAUCCUAUUUCUUGUGGUGCAACAAUAAAUAACUUGUUCAGACCCAUGUUUAUCUGUAGAGUAAGAUCGGCUCACCGGGAAAAUUCCCGAACUUCCCUAUGGCCAUUCCGCGCCAUAUGAUCAGAACUGCGUCCAUAGCAACGGUCUGUUAUUCAUAGCAGCAGUCUGCCCUUCAGAAAUAACAGAUCGUAGGAUGCCGUAAAUGACCAAUCAGAAUUGAGUAUUCAACAAAGCCGUGUAAUAAUGUACUGAUGUUAGCAUUCUUAAUCCAUUCAGAAACCACCUAAGGGGCCGUUCAGAUGUUGCGUAUAAAAUCACGUGGAAAACGCCAGCUGCACCGCUUUCAUCCUUUUGUCCAAGGUGCUUGGGAGGUUGCACUACGGUCACUUACUAAGCAACCAAUCCAAAUCACAGUCAGUCUGAAUGAGUUAUAUCAGUCACUCUUCCAUCUUCAGUUACUUCAUUUUGGCUGACCUUUCAACUGGAUGUUGUGACGUCCUUGGACGGAGGGUGAAGAAAGUCAUGUGAAGCCGAUUGGUUAAUUCUUGUCACAGGACCUGUGGUGUGCAAGAAGCAUUAGAAAAAGUUGAGAUUUUUCCAUUUCAGUGCGGGAGAAUGUGGCCUAAAAAACAGGCGUGUUGCAACGAAUGCACUUCGCCACGGUGUCGCUUUCGGUUUUGAGUGCCGUUGUCACGCGUCUCCAUUGAAAAUAAUUAAUUUGUGUGUGCAAAAGACAUGACAUCUGAAUGGCCCCUAAUACUGCCCUUGCAACUGCCCAGAAUACCCUAGCAAUCACCUAGUAACACCUUAGCAACUGGCAGAAACACCCUAUUAACCAUCUUGAAGCACCGCAGAAACCUCCUGGAACACCCUAUCAGUCACCACAUCCUGCCAGCCACUUAUUAAUAACCUAGCAAUCACACCAAACACCAUAGCAACCACCUAGCAGCAAUCUAGUGAGCUUAGUGAGAUAGUGAGCAACUUAACAAACACUUAAGAAAUUACAAAAAACUCAACAGCACCCUAACAACCACUCAGCAAUUAACUAGCAAUGCCCUGUCUGUUAUUUAACAACACCCCAGCAUACAGCCAGUAGCAUGUCCAGACAUUUUCAACAGGUGGCCCAACUGGGGCACUGACUUAUACACAGGUGGCAUGGAGUAGGUGCAGAAUAGCAUUAAUUUACCAUUUCUGUCUCCACUACUCAUAUCUAUUUUAAUUACUAACAUUACAAUAUCUUAGUUUCUUUACAUUCAUUAAAAUUUUCAUUCAAAAGAUAAGUAGAUCUUGCACCUAUAAACGAAAGUCUGGUUUACUCGUCAACAGUUGGUUUCGAACUAAGGUCCCACCAAAGUCUGUCCAAGUAAUUUUUCUUCAAAACAUUUAGCCUUCAAUCUCAAACCUCGAGGGGAGCCUCUUUUGUGGUUUUACCUGCACACCUUUUACUGUAUGAUUAUUUGUGUUUUAACAAAUGUUGCUCUGACUUUUCACAUUCUAUUUUUUUUGUAUUGUGCAGAUAAAUAAACAGACAAACAAAUCUGUA